AUGUAUAAAAAAUCAAUCGUUCGUAUUGAAAAUGAAAAUCAAACUGAUCUGAGCAAUCCAGCUUUGAAUGAUAUUAUAGCAACAAAUCAUGUGUUACUUACAAAGAAUCCACGUGAAGAACGAUUAUCACGCGCAUGUAAAGCUGCUAUUCUGAUGAUAAUUCUAGGUCUUGUUGUUAUUGGUAUUAUUAUACUCACAGUGGUUCUUGCAUAUUCUCGUAAUACACUUAUGGCUGUUAUGUCACAACCUGCUGAAACGAACUUCUUAAUUCCAUCAAAUAAUAGUCGAUUUCUUUUUAUAAAUCAAGAAAAUUUGACAACAAUAACCAAUGAGCAAACAGAAAAUGAAUAUUGGCCACAAACAACUGUCAUUUUGACAAGUAAUAAUUUACAUACGUUAACAACUCAAAAUGUUCAUAUGUCAUCAUCGAUAAUGAGAACAAAACAAAAUGAGCAUAUAUAUUCUGAUACACAAUCAAUGAAAACUUAUCCAUCAUCGGAUACAAUACCUAAUGAACAAACGACUGUUUCGACUACUACUAUUCAAACAACAAUAUCUAAUGAACAAACGACUAUUUCGACAACUAUUCAAACAACAAUAUCUAAUCAACAAACAACAUUUGCACCUAGUAGUCAUCACUUCACAACUAUGAUGACAACAAAAAACGAAUUAACAACGAUAAUGGAAAGUCAAGAAUAUGUGGAGACGUCAUCAAAUAGUGCAAUGAUAAGUAUUGUUGAAAGUAAUUCAACAUUAACUCAAGAUAAUACAACGUCAAUGCCUGAAGACACGUCAUUUACUAUUUUUAUAAAUCGUCAUUUUAAUACUGAAUUUUCAACAGUAACCAGUGACGAUGAAAAGAAAAAACAAACAUUACCUGAAAAAUUUGAGAACAAUCCAAUAGAAGAAGAUAUUAAGGACAAUGUUUUAUUUUCAUGA